AUGAAUGAUUGCGUUUCAGAAGAUGUUCACGAUACGCGUGAGCCCACACUACCAGACGAAAAGACAGAGACUGUAGCUGCCAGUGCCAGUGUCAAAGAUGAAGAUGUCACUAAUCCGAGUCGCGGUUACUCGCAUCUCUCAACACUGAUGAUGAUCAUCUUUAGUGGUCUAGCAAUUGGGAGUGAUGGGUUCAACGCUUCUAUCAUCGGAAACCUAGAGUUACUCAUGGAGGUCAUUUACGCGAAGUCCUGGUCUACUGCUGUCGCUUCAAGACUGUCAAAUGCAUUCAUGAUCGGCAUGAUCAUCGGCAUGCUGUCCUUCGGUUAUAUCUCGGACAAAAUGGGUCGAAAGACAGGAGCGGUGCUCACGACAACUAUCCUGGUACUUGGAGUUGCUCUGAGCGCUGGAGCAAGUGGCUAUACUGAAGAUGGGAUGUUUUGGAUGUUGACUAUAUCCAGAGGGAUUGCUGGUGUUGGUGCAGGCGGUGAAUAUCCUGUUGCAGGUGCUGGUGCAGCCGAGGCUACCGACGAAACACCUCAAAUCCGUAAACGACGAGGAUUCAUAUUCGCCAUGAUAGGAGACCUGUCUGCCAGUCUAGGAUUCGCUUUUGGAGCUCUUGUGCCGCUGAUUCUGCUGCUAUGCUUCCAUCAAAAGGUACAGCAUUAUGAAGCUGUCUGGAGAGCCUCCCUAGCCAUGGGGGCUAUUGCACCAAUUUCGAUCUUUUGGUUUCGCUACCGGAUGGUUGUUAGCUCUGCGUAUAAAAAGAGCUCUAUGCAGAAGCAACGGAUUCCGUACUGGCUUGUGGUCAAAAAGUAUUGGCGUGGUCUAUUAGGUGCCAGCGCUUGCUGGUUCAUGCAACAUUUCAGACAUCUGAACGGCUUACUGACGGAACCUCUGAACAGGUAUAACUAUAUCUCAUACCCGUUUGGGUUAUUUUCUUCAACAAUUGUCGACCGAGUUAAUCCGAGUUCAUCCCUCGCAAUAACCAUGGCUUGGGGCACAUUGAUCAAUUGCUUUUAUAUCCCCGGGGCCUUUAUUGGUGGUUUUCUAUCUGAUCGUAUUGGUCGUCGGCGUACUAUGGCCCUGGGCUUUAUGCUUCAAGCUCUUUUAGGCUUUGUACUCGGCGGUGCGCUUGGACCCAUCGAAACGAAGCUUCCGCUAUUCAUUGUUCUCUAUGGGGUUUUCCUCACACUCGGCGAGGUAGGACCAGGAUCCACUAUUGUUCUUACAGCGAGUGAGAACUUCCCCACUGCGGUCCGUGGUCAUGCGGUCGGCUUCGCAGCUGCGUGGAGUAAGGCAGGUGCUGCUAUCGGGACAGCAGUCUUCAAGCCGAUUUUGGCUAGUAGUGGCACCCAGGCCGUCUUCUUGAUUGGAUCUGGAUUUGCAGUCCUCGGGUCUCUGGUAGCUUGGUUCAUUUUGCCGGAUUCUGAUAAGUUGUUGGAUCAUGGGGAUCAAGAGUGGAAAGAUUACUUGACUGCCCAUGGGUACACAAACAUUGAAUGGGGAGUUCAAUCAGCUCAAACAGUUCAGGAGGUGAAAGAAACUGAAUGA